CAGCGCUAAAAAGUGACAUUUGCAGGCACUGUUUUCAUCUGGCGUAGAAGAAAACGGCCCCGAAUAAAAUUGGAAUUUAAGCUCAUUCUCCACCUGCUCGAGUUGGUCCAGUGCGCCGGUACAAUAUGGCCGCGAUAGUGCUAACCCGCAACAUGCAGUUGGCCAAACACCAUGGCAGUGGUGUGGUUGGCGUUUUGUGCCUGCGAGGAUACUCUGCCGCCGCCGCUCCUCCCGAGGAUGGCCCCCGCCCACUGAAGACUACCAAUCCGGCAGCGAUGAAGCGCGGAACUGGAGGACGUAGCAGUUUCAACGGAAUCGUGGCUACCGUCUUUGGUGCCACUGGAUUCGUGGGACGCUAUGUGUGCAACAAACUGGGCAAGUCCGGCACCCAGAUGAUUCUGCCAUACCGCGGCGACGAUUCGGACGUCAUCCGCCUAAAGGUCACCGGUGACCUGGGCCAGGUUCUGUUUCACUUCUACAACUUGGAGGAUGUCUCCUCUAUCCGCGAGGCUGUGAAGCACUCGAAUGUGGUCAUCAACUUGGUGGGUCGCGACUUCGAGACCAAGAACUUCAAGUUCAGGGAUGUGCAUGUUAACGGAGCUGAGAGGAUCGCCAGAAUUUCCCGCGAAGCUGGAGUAGAUCGUUUCAUCCACCUGUCUUCUCUCAAUGUGGAAGCCAAUCCCAAGGAUCUGUACGUUAAGGGCGGCAGCGAAUGGCUGAAGAGCAAGUACGAGGGUGAGCUGCGUGUUCGUGAUGCUUUCCCCAAUGCCACCAUCAUUCGCCCAGCCGAUAUCUACGGCUCUGAGGAUCGGUUCUUGCGCUACUACGCCCACAUCUGGCGUCGUCAGUUCCGCUCUAUGCCGUUGUGGCACAAGGGCGAGAAGACCGUGAAACAGCCAGUGUUUGUCUCGGACGUGGCCCAGGCCAUCGUCAACGCUGCCAAGGAUCCGGAUAGUGCCGGUCGCAUCUACCAGGCUGUGGGCCCCAAGCGCUACCAGCUGAGCGAACUGGUCGACUGGUUCCAUCGUCUGAUGCGCAAGGACCAGAAGCGCUGGGGCUACAUGCGCUACGACAUGCGCUGGGACCCCACCUUCCUGCUUAAGGCCAAGCUCACCAGCUGGAUCUGCCCCGGCACCCCAGUCGGUGGCCUGCAUCCUGCUCGCAUUGAACGGGAAGCUGUUACCGACAAGGUUCUGACCGGAGUGCCCACAUUGGAGGAUCUGGGCGUUACCCUGACCAGCAUGGAGCAGCAGGUGCCAUGGGAGCUGCGUCCCUACCGCGCUGCCCUCUACUACGACGCAGAGCUGGGCGAGUUCGAGACGCCAUCGCCGCCCAAGAGUAUCGAGGCGCGGGAUGAACUGCGUCUGUUUGCCUAAGCGGAUGUGCAAGUUGUCUGUGUUGAUCGGAAAUUUUUAGUUUGAAUUUUUAAGGCGAUGCGUCAAUAAAGAGAUGUCGACAGAGA